UGUUGUAAUUUCAAUAACAAUUUAAUCGGAAGAAAACACAUAACUAACAAAUAAAACUUUUGUGUUUUAUUUUAUAUAAGUAAAUUAUUUAAAUAAAAUUGUGAAUAAAGUUUUAAGACUUGAGAGGUUAGAAUAGAUGAUGCUUCUCUCUAACCGACAACUGAUUCAGUCAACUGAAACAAUGACACAACAGUGGAUCCAUAGCUGGUGAAUGACCCUUAGGGUCACUUUUACACACUCAUAUGAAAGGUAUUCACAGUAUUUAUUUACAUACGAACUUGGUGUAAAUUAGAGUGUCGAAAAAAUUAUUGAAGAGAAUUAACAAAUAAUUUAUACUCUAAAAUAUUUCACCCGGAAUUCAAAAUUUAAUUAGAUCAUAUUCAAUAUUCAAUUAUUCAUCGUAAUAUUACAAACGAACAUUUUAAUAAAUUUAUAUAACAUGAGCAUUCUUGUGGUUCAUGAUAAGGGAUGGAUUAUUUCCCACCUUGAAUAUCUGAAUAAAAUUUAUAACAACGUAUAUAAUGACAAUGAAUUAUUGGAAUUAGAAUUUAACAAAAAAGUAUUUGAUAUUAAUUCACCAUUCUUACGCAAUAACCAAAUACCAAAAAUGAGUGAAGACAAAUCUAUGACGAAAAAAAAGAAAUCUAAAAAAAGAAAAAAUAUCGAUGGUUCUGUUUCAACUGAAAAAUUGGAUGAAAUAAAAAUUAUUCAAGAGACUGCUGAUGAAAUAUUAGCUGAUGUUGCGGAAAAACAGAUAUUUAAUAAAAUAGUUGAACAUGAUUAUAAUAAACGAGCUCGUGAUGCAUCUCAAGAAUUUUAUGAUAUCGAGUACAACAUAUCGGAUAAUUUUUAUGGGUGCAAUCAAUCGGAUAAUCCUAUUAUUACAACUGUACAUUCAAACCAAUAUGUAUUCCCAAGUAAUUCUCAUUUUUAUUCUUAUGACGUAAAAGAUAUUGAUAAAAAAUUGAAAAUGAAUAAUCAAUUUGAUUUUAUUCUCAUGGAUCCACCCUGGUGGAAUAAAUUCAUACGGAGAAAUAAAAACAAAAGUUAUAAAAUGAUGUUUAAUGAAGAUUUAACUAAAAUAGCCAUCGAUAAAUUAUUAAAUUCCAGUGGUAUCAUUGCAAUCUGGUGUACUAAUUCUCAAAGUCAUUAUAAUUAUAUAUUUGAUGUUAUUUUCCCAUUGUGGGGAAUCAAAUAUAUCGCUAAAUGGUAUUGGGUCAAAGUAACAAAAUCAGGAGAGACAAUUUGUGAUUUCAAUAAUUCAUUAGUAAAACAACCAUUUGAACUAUUAAUUUUCGGUAGUUUAAAUCGAAGCGCAACACCUCAAAUACCGGAUAAAAAAUUAAUUAUUAGCGUACCUAGUGCUAUACAUUCUCACAAACCUCCUCUGAUAGACGUGUUAAAAACUUAUCUACCGGUAAAUCCUAAUUGUUUGGAAAUAUUUGCCAGAUACUUGUUACCCGGAUGGACAAGUUGGGGAUUAGAAGUGUUAAAAUUUCAAAAUAUUUCAUUCUAUAAAAUAAAUAAAACCAAUGAAUGCUUGGAAAGUUGAAAAUUAUUUCAA